UUGGUUUCCGAAAAAUAGAGUGGCAUCCCCUAAAUUGGCAGACGACAGCAGGCACAGACAUGGCGGCGUUUUUGAAUAAACCGUCAGAUUUUGCACCUUCCUUAUAUGAAGACAUUGAAAGUCAGAUAAAACUGCUGCCCCCAUCAGAGUUUGAGAAACCAAAGAAAAAGGCAGAAAAUGAUUCUUCCUGGCUGGAACUGAAGAAAGCUGCAGACGAAAUUCUUGCUUUGAGGACUGAAAAUCAAAAACUCAGAGACCAGCAACAAGUUGCAAACUUACAAGUCCCAACUUCUGUAGUACGACCCAUACCAAUAGAAGAACGACAUUAUGCAGAUGAGCUAAUAACUCGCCAAGCAGAGGAAAUCAGUAAACUGAAGUGUGCGGUACAGAUGUUGACUAUAGAGAAGCAAGCUAGCGAAGAAUCUUUUGAAAAACAAAUAGCAACUCUUCAGCAGGAGAAAGAGGAAACCAUCAAAUCCUUAAGGGAAGCUCUUAACCGCAGUGAAGAUGACUAUAGAUGUCAGGUGCACCAGCUACGCCAAAACCAUGAAGGUGAAGCUUUAGAUCUUAAAAGUCAUUUGGAGCAUCUAAGCAAACAACUGGAGCAGGCCAAAGCUGACAUGGAAACAUGCUCAGCCAUGCUGACUAAAGAAUUGAAAAUGGAGCGCGAAGCAGCAAGGAAGAGAGAGGACCAGCAGAACCAGGCAAUACUAGAAAAAGAGCUGGCAAUUACCAACCUGACUCAGCAGUUGCAGCAGCUCAAAGCUUAUGUUGCUGAUACUGAGCAGCUGCAUAAACCCCAGCUACUGUGGCGUCAAGAGUGCGAGACCUUGAACAACCAGAUUAAGAUAAUUGAGGCUGAAAAGGCAACACUAGAGUCCUCUUUACAGCUGAUGGAUGUUCGCUUGUCUUCCAUGAAAGAAAUCCUGACCACACAGGAAGCUGAACUGUGCAAGGCCAAGGAACAAAUAACUGAUAAAAAUAAAAUGAGGGAAUUACUUCUUACAAGAUGGAGGCAAAAAGUGUAUUCUUUGCUGACUCAGCAGAAGUCUGCAGAGCUUGUUGCAAAGAAAGACUUUCAGAAAUGGCAGCAAAAGACUUCAGAUCUGCAAGAACAGCUUUCUUCUACAAAGAACACGAUCAGCAUUCUGCAGCAUACUGUGGCAGCAAGGGAGGCAGAGCUGAAGAUGGCUUCCAAUAGUGACAAAAAGCUGAAAGAAGAAUUACAGCAAUCUCAGCAAGCAGCAUUGUGUCUUGACAGGCAAAUGAUUGAAAACAGGGACAUGGUCCAGAUGUUGUCAGAAUUUGCUGUUAGUUGUGAUAGCAGGACAACAGAACAGGCUAGAGUUUUGCAGCAGGCACUUGCACAGCUGCGAACACUUGGGCAACGUGUCAGUUUUGCGAGCAGUCGCAUGGAUAUGAUCAAAAGUCAGCUAGUGCGAAAGAACGCUCUGAGACAACUUGAAGAAGAAGAAACAUCUAACAAGACUCAACAUCAUCAAGAGACUGUGGAAGACUGGAGGAUUGAGCGUGAUCAGCUAACGCAUGAGCUUCAACAAGUUAUCAGAGAGCGGGAUAUAUUUGCACUCCAGCUGAAACAAGAUUCUGAAACCUGGGCUGAAAAACUGGCCUCCAUGCGAGCUAAUUAUGAAGAAGAAGUUCUUUCCCUUAAGAGGUCAGUGGAAGAUUUGGAGAUUAUAAAUCAAAAUAAAUCACAGCAAAUGGAACAGAUUUUAGAACGGGAAGAAAACUCUAGGGCGGAGCUAGCAGAGUUCACGGAAAGAAUUGAUGAGCUAAGAAUAGAAUUAGCUCGCCAUCAGAACAUCAUGGAACAAGCACUGGAAAAACAGAAGGCAGAGCUUGAGUCCGAAUGGGCAGAACAGCUAGCAGACAUGGAACGUAGGCUGAAUGAAACUCGCAGGGAAUACACCAAAGCUGUAGUGAAACUGCGGCAACAGGAGCGUCAGUGGGUACGAGAGAAGGAACGCCUUCAAGAGAUUCAGGCUGUGUCUGAGGCACAUCUCCAGUCUCAGCUAACCCAGAUGGAGGAACAGCUACAUGCAGUAGAAAAGGAAAGAAACAUCUUCAUGGCAACACUCCGGCAGGAAGGUCUUCUUGGAAGACUUCGAUCAGAAAGGGGUGAGCCAGUGAGGCUGCAGUUUCAAGAUAAUGCUGCAGAUGAACCUAAUUCUCAGUUAACAAGACAUGCUAGGACAAGAGAUCAGGUCCAUCCGCAGAAAGUGAUGGAACCACCGGAACCAGUGUCAGAACUUCUCAAAGACCUCAAGAGUUUAGCUCCAGCUGUGCUUGAUGAUACAGAGGAAAGUUCUGAGGAGGAUCAAGAAUAAUGCAUACAGAUUCUAUGUAAGACAUUUGCUAAUGUCUAAGUGUGUCAUAAUCUUUUUGUAAAAUCAAGAAUUCUUUGAUGAGAUUCAAAACACACAGAAUCAAAGGGAAUCUGUGAUAAAGGUAAACCAACAAUCAUCUGACUCUGGUCAAGAAUCUAUCUCAUGCUGAUGUUGGGAAAAUGUGUUUGAUACCUUGUGGAGCAGGUAGCAAUGUACUGAAGAAUACUUUUACAGAAGCGAAGAGACUGCUGAAUGUCUGCUUCUUACAUAACUGAUCUUCUACUUUCAGUUUGUUAUUUGUAUGGGAUCUACUAAACAUAGGGUAAAAAUAAUACACUGGUUCUGCAAUCAGAUGUGAAGCAUGUCAGUUUUCAUCCUCACUUUUAGUGCAUAAGUUUAUGGAACAGUUAUAGCUGUGAAAUGCGGUUUAACAUUGUAUUUGCUAUAAAGACAUAAUAUCCAUCAGCAAAGACAUCUACUUCCAUUGGGUACACAAUUGCUUUCAUUCACUUAUUUCUUUAUGUUAAUCUUCUGCAGACUUUUGCUAUCCCUGCUGUCUCACAACUACAACUCACAAUUUUUAAUCACUUUUGCUGUCUAACGACGGAAGAAACUAUUCUGUAGUCCUGGUCAACAUUUUCUUCUACAUUUAAGCUGUUUCAAUAAAGAUAUUACCAGAUUUAA